ACGUUCGUCUCUUUGUGUCCCCACUUGAUGGCUUGACAACAGUUGGAAUUGGUCAUGUGAUAUACUAGCAAGUAUGAGCCGAUGUAAAGUGCGAGGAAAACUCAUUGAUUUUCCCAGCAAUGGACGCUGCCAAGGAAGAUGCCACCAUACUUUUUGUGGGAAGGGAUUUGUCCACCAAGGAAGAAGAGUCGUUGGUGGUUGUGAUUGGGAAGAACGACUUUGAAACGCUUUUGCAGUACGUUCGUCUCUUUGCGUCCCCACUUGAUGGCUUGACGACGGUUGGAAUUGGUCAUGUGAUAUACCAGAAAGUACGUGUCGAUGUAGAGUGCGAGGAAAACUCAUUGAUUUUCCCAGCAAUGGAAGCUGCUAAGGAAGCAGAUGUCACCAUACUUUUUGUGGGAACGGAUUUGUCCACUGAAGCUGAGAGCCUAGCUAGAUAAAACAAACCUUAGCUGUUAUCAAACUCAAUUGAUCAAUCUGUUAAUAGUAUGAAAUGUAGAAAAUCCCACAUCUAGCUAGGAUGAUUAAGGAAAUAAAAGAAUAUAUAAUCACUUUCUAU